CAUGCCCAUAUAUAUAUAUAUAUAUAUAUAUAUAUGCUUGUAUACAUAGUUUCGUUCCCAUAGCUUCCCAAUUUUUUGACCUUUUAUCAUCCUGUCUCGUGUAUACCAGUUCUGAAUCUGUCGCAGCUUUUGAUUUACCUUCUGCGUAGAUGUGCAUCGAAUCUCAGAUCGUGUUUGGAACAAUGGGAAACCAAGCGAGCAAGAAACCACCUGCAGAGUCGUCGUCGUCGUCAUCAUCGGCUAAGAGCACAACUUUGCACUAUACGACGGAACUGAGGUCGUACGAGGCAGCCUGCAAGGCGGAUCUGGAACUGCAGUCUUUCGACACGAGCCUUCAGGCUCGGACUAACCACGUGAUUAGCACCUUGGCCACGGGUGUCGAGGUCCGAGCUCUCUCCUUCGAUUCCCUCAAGGAAGUGACCGGGUGCCUGUUGGAGAUGAACCAAGAAGUGGUCAGAGUCAUACUUGAAUGCAAGAAAGAUAUAUGGAAGAGCCAGGAAUUGUUUGAGCUCGUCGAAGAGUACUUCGAGAACAGCUUGAAGACGUUGGAUUUCUGCGCUGCCCUUGAGAAGGGCCUGAGACGUGCCCGCGAUAGCCAGCUUCUGAUUCUCCUCGCCCUUCAGCAGUUUGACGACGAGAGCCUCAUCAAAGGAGGGAACCGGUAUGAGAAGACGCUCGAAGAGCUGAAGAACUUCAAGGAGGCAGGGAGUCCUUUCGACGAGGACUUCUUCAGGAUCUUCCAGUCAGUGUACAGACAACAGAUGCUGAUGCUGGAGAAGCUACAGCUUCGCAGGAACAAGCUCGAUAAGAAGCUCAAGUCUAUCCACUCUUGGAGAAGACUCUCAAGCAUGAUCUUUGUGCCCACCUUUGCCACUGUGCUCAUCUGCUCCGUCGUGGCUGCUGCCAUGGCUGCUCCACCUGUUGCAGCCGCCCUAGCGGCGGCUACAUCCAUCCCGCUGGGUUCAAUGGGGAAAUGGAUCGACUCUUUGUGGAAGAAUUACGAGAAUGCGCUCAAAGGGCAGAAAGAAGUUAUCAGUUCGAUGCAGGCGGGUACGUAUGUGGCGAUCAAGGAUCUGGAUAAUAUCCGGGUUCUGAUCGAGCGGCUGGAGAUUGAAAUCGAAGGGAUGGUAAAGAGUGCGGAGUUUGCUGUGGAGAAGGAAGCAGUGAUGAUAGGGAUCGAGGAGAUAAGGAAGAAGCUUGGGAUCUUUAUGAAGAAUGUAGAGGAAUUGGCACUUCAGGCCGAUUUGUGCAGCAGAGAUAUAAGGAGGGCAAGGACUGUGAUUCUGCAGAGGAUCAUCAAGCAUCCCAAUAACAGCAGCAGCAGCAGUAGCACCUGAAAUGCAUAAGAAACGGGUGCUUCAGGUUGGCCCAAAAAAAAAAAUAAUUGUUCUCAGACUCCAAAAAGAUCACAGAUUCUUUUGCGAGUUUAUACAGUAUUAUCAUCGUUCUUACAUUAUCUCUAUAAUGGGAAACAAUAGGCUUUCCACAUUACCAUU